CCAUGUCUGGCACCCAUUCAAACUCUUCCUUAUCAAAAAGCCAAACACACCUGACAAUUUAACAGUCUCCUUCCCCACACACUCUCUCUCUCUCUUCCACAUCAAACACAGUUUUCAAAAUCUUCUUUCUUUUGCCAUUCCAUAAUUACCCAGAGAGCCGAGAGCCGAGCCAGAAAUAAAUACAACACUACACCAGCAAACCCUCCCUAUUUCAGUUUCCCUUCAAAAUCAAACCACAUUCAUCACAAUGCAUUUCCCCAUUCUCUUUUUCCUUCUCCUACCUUCCCUCUUCAAGCUUUCACAUUCAGCCACAAUUCUCGUAGACGGAUCUUCAGAGUGGAAGAACCCCACAGUUUCCAUCGGUGAUUCCAUCAUUUUCAAGCACAAACAACAUUUCAACCUCUACAUUUUCAAGAACGAGAAAGCCUACAAUCUCUGCAAUAUCACCCAAGCCACUCUUCUCACCAACCCCUACACGUGGCAUCCAUCACGACCCGGUUUCUUCUAUUUUACCUUCCACAAUGGGUCACUCAGGGCAUGCAAAGAUUCUGAAAAGCUAGCCAUAGAAGUUGCUUCUUCAGCAACGGUUCCAGAACCUUCUCCAGUGGCAACACCAGCUCCUUCUUCUGGUGGAGAGGUACCAUCUUCCCCUUCAUUUCCGUGGCCGUUUCGUCCACAUCAAGCUGCUUCUUCACCUGGCCCAGCACCACAAGCACAAGCAGGUUCACCGGUGACGGUUCCGUUAGUGCCAGAUAAAGGUGGCAUGCCCUUCAUUAACAGCAAUCCUGCGGUUCCUCUGCCUACCGGUGAAGUUGAUUCUGCCACCAUACGCCCCAUACCCACCUCUGGCCAUCAAGGACAGAUGAUGAUUGGGUCAUUUGGAGUUGGCAUUGCUGUGCACAUCUUGGUUUUACUGCUGCUGUGAGAUGAAGAGAAAAAGAGAGUUGGAGCGCAAUUUAUGCAGAGAAAGAGAACGGGAAGCCAAUGGGUCUAAAGUAGCUUUAAGAGUGAUGAUUAUACCAUGUAUUAAGAUGCUCUUACAUUCUACUUUGGAAUGGUUGCCACUUUUUGUUCCUUGGUUUAAGAAACCAAUCGAUUACUGCAAUUGCUUUUCUCUUUUC